AUGUAUCACACUGUGCGCUGCAGCUUAAAGAAAAUGAAGGCGAAGUGUUAUCCACACGCUCGGAAGAUGCUCGCCAUCCUCAUCCUGGGAGUGGCCCGCCUAAUUCUGGAAAAUGAGAGCCUUUCGCAAAGCUCACAUUCUCUGGGCAAACUGAAGAUCGAAUAUGAAAGUAUGUUGGAAGAGACGAUUGAUCGUUUUUCAGAAGUUGAGGAGCACUGUGCAUCUGUUGCAAGUGAGGCGUCUCCUUGUUAUCGUGAUGGUACUUGGUGGGUUCCAAAGGAAUUUCCACUCUCUGGAGAAUGGGAGCAGGAGAAUGGGUCCGCGCCUCUUUUACCUUUACAUUCCCAACAGGAGGACAAAAUUUUCAAAGUGGCUUCGUUAGAUCUGCAUCCCCAAGUUUCAGAUUUCUUAUGUGGGCUCAACACCAAAGUUGCGAAUCUCACCGCAUUCGUAUGCUUGUACAUAUCCAAUAACAAAAGCAGUCUUAUCAAUAACGAGAUCUGGACGGGCUAUGGAAAUCAACCGGGCAUAACUCAACUUUGCAUUAACUUGCUAGGAAUUUUCACAGAAUUAAAUAGCGGUGAUCAGAAUCUGUGUAUGUUGGGCCGAUCGAUGGUGCCCCUACGGCAUAUUAAUCCUUCUGCUCGCUCAAAAUGGUCGGUGCCUCCACUGGAUGAAGAUGAAAAAAUUCUACUUCGCCUGCAGAUUCCGCCAAGCAAUGGGCUAACCUCCAGAAAGAUUGUUGCACGAUUGGCAAGCUUCCGUGCUUCAGAUCAUCGAAUGUUCUUUGAUCCCAUCGAGAUCACCUUCGCAUUGGAUUACUUGCCGCCCUACAAAUUCAUUACAGACAGCAUGGUGGAAAACGCGUGCAAGGCACAGGUUCAUGAAAAUAAGUUCACGGAUCUGGAAUUAUACCAGGGGAAAUUUUGGAGCUGUGAUUUCUUAAGGUCAUUAUUGGAGCAUUGGACUUUGGAGGGAAUCCCAAAUUGGGAAUGCAAAAGCCCAGUAGAGUAUUGUAUCAGGGUUGGUCCUUUCGCCAAUCAAGGGGGUUUCAGCUAUUCCAGGAUUUUUAUUCAAAGAUUUGAAUGCCUUCAAUCCAAUGCACAUCCAGAUUUCAAUAUCAGUGCGGCUAUUAGUGUUGUGCCUGCAGUAGAACACAACACCGGGACCGCUGGAUUAGGAUCAGUCCGGGAGAACCAAAACAAUAUGUGGAUCCAAGCAAAAUGGAGCAAAGCAUCGCCUGGUAAGAUUUGUAUGGUGGGAUGCCUUGCAUCUACCCUUACCCCUGCUUGUGAUUUUCAAGUUUCUUUCUACAUUCCAGAAUCACUUUCACUCAAGCAGCGCAAUAUUGUAGUGGGUUUUAUUUCUAGCAUUCACAAGGACUCCAAAGCCUUGUAUCCUCUCUCCUUUGAGCACCCAAUACAACCACGUAUAUCUCUGCCCUAUGGUUUCGAUAAUGAAAUGCCAUACGACUACGCCAAGAAUACAAUUGCAGAAUCUCUUCUGGAGAGAAAAAAUUCAAAGGCUAUGGGUGAUCUGAUACGAUGGCAUUUGUUCAAAUAUCCAUGGAGGAAAUUAGGACAAUCAAGGGAUAGUUUUUAUAUCUUAGGCAGAGAUCUUUCAGUGCAUUCAGCCAUCGUUUCUUGUGGAGUGAAUUCAAAUGCUACGAUGAAUCUGGACAUCAUAGCUAUUGAGAACUUUGUGGGGAUGGAUUUAUCAGAUGCAUCAUACGGCUACAACUAUGGAAGGAUUUCUUGCAUCUUGAAGCAAGGGCAAACCUCUCAAGAUGAAAGGUCGUUACUCAAAGUGGCAGCGCAGUUCAAAUUGCAGGGGAUUUUUCCUACCCUGAUCAAGCUAUCCGUUGAGGGUGUGUACGAUCCGCGAAAGGGUAAGAUGGAUCUUGUAGGCUGUCGUGAUAUUCGGGAUCGUACAGAAAUUCUUCGCAGCAAUAGUAGCAUUGAUGUGAAAGAUGGUCUGGAUUGUCAAAUUGAACUGAAUCUACAGUACCCACCAACGAAUUUCAGGCUCCUCAUAGAUCGGUCCGUGAAAGUGUCAAUCAGAAGCAACAGAACAGAGAGCGAUCCACUUUAUUUCAAACCACUAGAGGUGCAUUCAGCACAAACUUCUUACACUGGAGAGACAGUAGAGGCUAUUCCUCGAACAAUUUUGGAGCCAGUUCUGAACAUUUUGUCUCUCUGCCUUGCAAUUGCAUGUAUAGUGAGUCAAUUACUGUAUGUUAGGCACAAUGCAGAGGCAGGUGCAUACACUUCACUUGUAAUGGUGGGCAUCCAAGCUCUGAGUUACGGUAUAUCUCUCACAACUAGGAUAGAUUACUUCUACUUUAAAAGCUCAGAUCCCCCUUAUAAACAGGAGGAGUAUAGCUGUCCAACGGAACAAAAUCCUCCUCCCCUGUUUGAUAUCCUAAUCAAUGUCAUGCUAUUGCUUGCAUUUACCUUCACAGUAAAACUUUUCCACACAGUUUGGCAAUCUCGUCUUCGUCUCACCCAAAUACCAAGUGAAAAAUUGGUGCUGCUCUGGUGCGGAGUUAUGUACGGCAUUUGUUUCGUCAUAGAGAUUUGUGCUGGCAUUGCUAAAGUCCCCAUUAAUGUUGUCUCUUCUCUCAGUUAUGGCCAGCAGACAGAUUGGAAGGAGGCGGUUAGGCCAUACGUGCGAUUGAUUCAGGAUUUCUUUUUGCUUCCUCAAUUUUUUUGCAUUUCUGAAUGGAAAUAUAACGGUAAAUCUCUGAGGAAAUGUUAUUACGUUGGUAUUACUGCUCUGUGCAUCCUUCCUCAAAUAUACAAUUACGCGUAUGAUCGCAAUUCCCAAGGCGAAUUCUGGUCGAUUGCUGUUGUGAUUUUGGCUGUCGUCGUUUACCGCCGGCAAACUGGAUCAGAAGACGGAGAGCUGAUGAACUAA